AUGAACACGCCCGGCAGGCUGAUCGUCGGCCAUCAAACGCCAGAACGGCUGCGCGACGCAGUCGACAGCCUGAAGCGCCCUGAUCCUAGUGGGCCCCUGGCGCCGGUGACGGUCGUCGGCCCUUCCAACUACGCCAACCUCUCGCUGAGGCACUUCUUCGCACGCACAGGAUUCGUGAACGUCAGGUUCAUGGUCUUUUCGAGGCUGGCGGAGUUCCUCGGCGCACCGCGCAUGGCCCGCGAAGGUCGCACACCUCUUACCCGAGUGAUCGAGAGCGCCGCUGUUCGCUCCGUCGCGGCCAACGCGUCGGGACCACUUGGAGACCUGAGCAGGCAUCCAUCUACUCUGCACAGCCUGAAACAGUCGUUCCGGGAACUGCGAAGUAUCCCGCCCUCCUCGCUCGACGCUCUCGCCAGGAGCAGCGACCUUCAGUCCGAGACUGUCAGGUUAUACAGGCAGUUCAAACGAGACACAUCCAGAUUCUACGACGAUGAGGACCUCGCCAGCGCCGCCGCCGAGUCCGUUGACGACCAGCCGGCCUCCGGGUUCGAUGAUCUCGGCACGAUCGUAUUCUACGCACCGCGGGACAUCACACCAGGACAGCUCAAGCUGAUCGAGGCGCUGUCGAGGCGAGAACGCUGCGUUGUAAUGCUCGAUCAAAGUGGCGACCCCAUCGCUGAUGGUUAUGUGUACAGGCUAGUCAACCGGCUGUCGUCUGCCCCAGGAACGCCGCAGACUGACGUGACGGACCCUCUCCCUCAGGGAGCUGACAGGGAUAGGUACUCGUACUUUUCACCCUCACCCCAGCCCUCUCCCUCAGGGAGAGAGGGUCUGUUGGGUUUACCUGCCCCUGUCAGCGCUGACGGAGAGGGGGCCGAUACCCACCUGGUGAUCGCGCCCGACCCGAACCAGGAGAUCAGGUGGGUGAUCCGGGACGUCAUCCGUAAAGCUCGCGGGAGCACGCCGUUCAGCCGGAUGGCGGUCCUGUAUCGCAAACCCGACUACGGCAAGAUCGUCGCCGAGGAGAUGGAGCUUGCGGGCGUACCAGUAGCAGGCCCGGACCAGACCACUCUCGCUGAGACCGCCGUGGGCAGGACGUUAAUCGGCCUAAUGGAGCUUGCCGAUGGCGACUUUCAGCGAGGUCUCGUCACCUCAUUGCUGACCGGAUGCCCUGUCAGGUCACCGGAUAGGUCGAUCCGGCUCAACCCGAGCAGGUGGGACAGACUGUCGAAAGAGGCGGGAAUCGUCAGAGGCAUCGGGCAAUGGAGAGACAGACUUGAGAAGUACGCUGCAAGGCAAGAGGAGUCGAUCUCAGACCCCACGAUGACGUCUGAGAUGUCCGAGGGCAGGCUACGAGGCAUCAGGGCACAGGCCGAGUCGGCGCAGGAGUUGCUCGCAUUCGUGGACCGACUGUACGACGACCUACAGCCUCCUGCGCAGGACGCCUCAUGGGUCGACUUCUCCGAGUGGACACGGAAGCUUGUUGACGAUUACGUGUCGAGAGGAUCAGGAACCCCUGAACCUGAGCUGAACGCGCUGGAGAAAGUCCAGGACAUUCUGUCCGAGCUAACUGCUGCGAGCACGGUCGCGCCGCGGCCAAGCUUCCAGACGUUCCGAGAGGACCUGUACGAGGCUCUGCAGAUUCCAACCGGACGUCUGGGCGAGAUGGGCAAGGGAGUGUUCGUAGCGUCGUUCCGGAUCGCAGCCGCCAUGCGGUUCGACGCCGUGUACCUCGUCGGCAUGAUCGAAGGCGCCGCGCCGCCCGCGGCAAGGGACGACCCGCUUAUUCCGAGUCCGCCCGUCAACGCGCCGGAGGCUCGGCAGCCGGAUUCGAGAUGCAGCAGGACACGCGGGCCAAAGAGAGACGCGACUACCUGUCCGCGCUCGGCAGCGCUCCCGACAAGACCCUCUCAGUCUCACUCCUCCGAACUCAAGCGCAUGGGGGACAGGGACUGGCUGACCCUUAUUCCCUCGGCAGAGUCGGGUCUACUCGAUGGCGAUGCAACAGAUGCCGCGGACGUUCUCGAAUACGACCUCCGCCACCUGCUGCGCUGGCGGACGAUGGGCCAGGGUGUAGCGCGACACCCGUUUGCGGCGGGCGCGCCUCUUGGAAGGGCUCUACAGCUCGGCAGCGCGCGAUAUAGCUCGAACUUCACCGAGUGGGAUGGCAACGCCUCAUCAAUAGCUCGCGAGUCCAGGUACAGGAACGACACCAUCAACAGGACUCACUCCCCGACCCGGCUCGAACGGUGGGCUGCCUGUCCGUUCAGCUACUUCCUCGGCAACGUGCUCAGGAUCGGGUCGAUCGAGACUCCUGAGGACAUCUACUCGAUAUCUCCCCUUGAACGCGGCAGCCUGAUCCACAAGAUUCUGGAUGCGUUCAUGAGGAGUGUGGCCGAGUCGGGAACGAUGCCCAAGCCGUACGAGCCCUGGAGCGCCGACCACAGAUCAGCCCUCUUCAGGGUCGCCCACGAGCAUUUCGCCCGGGCCGAAUCCGACGGGGUCACAGGAAGGCCGGUGAUGUGGGAGCUCGAAAGGGCACUGAUACUUGCCGACCUCGAUAUCUUCCUGGAGCGGGACGCCGCACUGAGGGCCAGGUUUGGCGUGACGCCGAGCGCGUUCGAGGUCGGGUUCGGCCUUUCAGGGAGCCCGUGGCAGGAGGCCGUAUGGAGGCUGGACAGCGGCGAACAGGUCCGCUUCAGGGGUAUGAUCGACCGCGUCGAUAUGUCGCCUGACGGCAGCACCGCUCUUGUUAUCGACUACAAGACCGGAAGCGCGCGUCCGUACAACGGCCUCGAGAACGACCCCACGGAUAGGGGCAGGCGACUCCAGCUUGGCGUGUACGCGCUCGCCGCUCAGGGGAGCUUGGAGCGAGCAGAGAAUGUCCGUUCCGCGUACUGGUUCGUGACAACGCGGGGCACGUUCGCGCUUGCACCGAGAGAACCUGUGGACGGAAGCUCAGCCGAGGUACGCAGCAGACUCGGCGAGGUGGUUGGCAGGAUCGUAUCCGGUAUCAGGAGCGGCGUGUUUCCGGCCAACCCCGGCGAGCGCAACGCCCGCUUCGGCUUCGAAAACUGCGGGUUCUGCGACUUCGACUCGCUCUGCCCCUCCCGGCGGGACCGGAUAUGGGAGAGGAAGCGCGACCAUCCGGCGCUGGCAGGCUACCGGGACCUGAUAGAAGAGUCGUGA